AUGCAGCUGAUAGCUUUCUUCGUCCUUGUCAGCAGCUCUAUCUCUAUGUUUGUCUUCAUCAAUGCCGCGCAGCCUUCUCUGCUCAGACCGAUUCUCGACGGCAACGCGAGCUCUCACUCGCCGCAAGAGUCGACGGCCAAGAAGAGUGACAUCGGGACGAUCUCCGGGCAGAUCUUGUUGUACGCAGAGAUCACAGCGAUGAUCAGCGGGGCAGUGAUGGGCACCCUGUCAGAUAGUCUUGGUCGACGAGUCUUGUUCAGUUUCGGCCUGUUCGUCUGUUCGGUGACGACUGCGAUGCUGGCAACGUCUGCGAGCGUAGAGGUGAUGACAAAGAAGAAGAAUGGAUUGACCGCUGUGCUCGCCGACAUGUUUGAGGAGGAAGACAAGGGGAAAGCGUCAGGGCUUGUAGGCUUCUUUGCAGGACUCGGUGCCGUCUUCGGAGCUCUGGUCCUACUGCGCGUGCCCGAGUGGGCCUUCAAGCUCUCCUCGGGAAGGAUGACGCAGCUCGCGGCAGUUCACUGCGGCUACUACACGGCUGCCACCAUUGCGCUCCUCGCUUCCAUGCUCGCGCUCUUUGCGCUGAGGCCGCCGACUGUCGGACAAGCCUCGAGGCAUCAUGGGAAGGAGGAGGCAGGCGUGACUGCGUUGCUCCGCUCCUCCUCCUCUGGGCGGGAGGCGAUGAAACUUGGGUGGGAGAGGACGAGGCUCUCGCUGCUGGAGGCCCUUCACGCGACCCGGCAGGACCUUGCCAUCCUCCUCGCCCUCCUCGCCUCCUUCGCAGGCCGAGGAGACAGCGCGUCUAUCACCGUCUUCCUCUCCCUCUGGGUCUCCGACUACUCCCGCGACGUCCUCCACUCUACAGGCUCGCAAGCUACCGCCACGGCUGGCAUGGUGACCGGCAUCGUCCAGCUGGCAGCCCUGCUGUCGGCGCCGCUGAUCGGGCGGUGGGUGGACAAGGUGGGGGACGUGCGGUCCAUGGCCUCCUCCUCCCUCCUCGCCACCCUCGCCUACGGGUCCCUGGGCCUGCUGGUCGUCAACCCGGCUGGCCCCCUGGGGCUCCUACUGGGAGUGGUGGUGGGGAUGGCGGAGAUGGGGGUGGUGGUGACCUGCCAGUUCCUCAUGUCUCGUCGAGCGCCGGAGAAAUCGAGAGGAACGUUGAGUGGAGCUUUCGGAGUCUCUGCAAGUCUUGGGAUCUUGUGCGUCGGAGCCCUUGGGGGAAUCGUCUACGACAAAGUUGGAUAUGGCAAGACUGAGGAGGAGGAGGAGGAGGAGGAGGAGGAGGAAGAGGAAGUGGUGGUGGUGGUGGUGGUGGUGGUGGUGGAGUUGCAGGAGGAGGAGGAAGUGGUGGUGGUGGUGGUGGUGGAGAUGGAGGUGGUGGAGCAGGAGCAAGAGCAGAAGCAGCAGGAUGGCGGUGGUGAUGACGGUGAAGCCAUUCUGGCUCAAGAUUCUCUCUCUUUCUCCAGCGGGACAACUGUGUGA